CGCUACGUCGCCAUUUUGCUAGUUAAAAGUGAAAAGUUUUUCUACCGACUCGCUUCGGACCUUUACGGUAGCGUAUUUUCUCGGUAAAUUUCGUCGUCUACGAGUGAUCUGAAGUCGUGAAAAGUAGUGUUUACCUAUCGAGAUCGGUUUGCGGUAGUUAAGGAAGUGAAAAACAGUGGAUUAGUGCCCAUUUAAAGGGUUUCCAAAACGGUGCAUAUUUUCAUUCUGCCUGCAUCGAUUUGUGCUUUCGUGUAAAAGUUCUGCGGCCGGUUAGCGCUACGUAAUAGGGCUUUGUACCGACUGCUGCGCACACACACACACACACACACACUAACGGUAGUGAAUCGUACACCGGUGAUUUCUGUGAAGUAUUAGUGAUAGAACACGUGUUGUGUCGGGGAGUGUCUGGAUUGAAGUAGAGUACUUCUAUUAUUUUGGUGGUUUGCUAGAGGAAAUUAAAUCACACAGCAACCAUGGAAAUGUCUGGCCCUCCCAGGGGUGGCUUUCGUGGCCGUGGAGGGUUCGGUGAUCGUGGACGCGGUGGUUUUGGUGAUCGCGGAAGAUCAUCCCCAUUCUAUGGGGGCCGCGGAGGAGGACGGGGAGGACCCGGAAUGGGUCGCAUGAUGGGUGGCCCUCCGAUGAUGCGCGGUCGUGGUAUGAUGCGAGGUGGUCCUCCCCGUGGAAUGGGAGGACCUCCACGGGGUGGCCCACCAAUGUCCCGAGGUGGUCCAUAUGGAGGCCGACCACCACUAGGAGCAAGCAGUUAUCCAUCGUCAGCUCCCCGGUCCAGUUAUCAGUCUUCGGUAACGAACGGAUCCGGUCCACCGCCCUCAUCAACCACCGAAAACGGUGGUGAUCUGAAGUCGGCUGAUACUACCACCGCCAAAUCGAUACCGACCGCUGGUGGAAGCACCCCAACCUCGACGUCCAAUUCGGCUGCGACAUCGACGGCACAGAAAAGUGGCGUUCCACCAUCGUCAGUUCCAAGCACGGAAUCCGGUCGAGUAACGCCUCCACAACCAAUCAAAACGGCCGAUUCGAGCAGUCUGUCCCAUUCCAGAGAAACCCAUGAAUCAUCGCAUCCAUCUUCCGGUGGAUCGUAUCACUCUUCGCGGGGUAUGGGUUACCGAGGCCGUAGUAGUUACCCACCGAGAGGCAUGGGCCGAGGUCGCGGUGGAUACGGUGGCGGAUAUGAAGGCCCAAGACCUUACCGUGGCGGUUAUGAGGGUCGAGGCCGUGGACGUGGUGGUUAUGGUGGUGGCCCAGGAGGUUACGGACAGCCAAGUUACAACAGUGGCUACAAUAGUGGUCCUCCACCGUCGUACGGUCAAAUGGGAGGCUACCAGCAAGGCGGCUAUAGUCAAGGUCCACCACGACAACAGUUCGACACACGACAACCAUCCAACACAACCACAGUGACGCCGAUCAAACGGGGUGGAAUUCCUGGUGGCCCUCCGGGACCAAAACGUGGUCGUUAUGAUUCUGGACCGCCAAGCCGCUCGAUGCCACCAAAAAGUAUGCCACCGCAUCAUGGGGCCCCUCCUCCGGUAUCGGCCUACAGUGCACCGACGGCAAUGACAACCCACGGUGGUUAUGCAGAGCACGGACACCCGGCAGCCAGUAUGGAUCAGUACGGAACGCAUGGAACGGCUAGUGCCACUGGAUACAGUGCCACCGGGGCAACCCAGAGUGCCUACGCUGCCAACGGUUACGGUCAAAGCAGUUACGCGGGCACUACGGUUGCCACCACAGGAUAUGCCACCGGAACGGAGUACGACACCAGUCACUAUGACUAUAGUACCGGAACGUAUGACACCCGGUAUCAAACCAGCUACCCCGCAGAUUACAGCCAGACGUACGGUACCACUACCGAUUACAGUGCAGUGACCACCGAAACCUAUCCCAGUCAGCAGUACGACGAACGAUCCAGUUAUGCCGGCUACGACACGCAAGCCUACUCGCAAGGCUAUGCAAAGACCGAUCAGUACGCGCAUGGCGGUUAUUACUAAGCGAAUAAACAAUGAGCGCAAAAAAGAAGGCGGGUGCGUGUGUGUGUGAUUGAUUGUAUUCGUAAGCAAAUGAAAAAAAAAUGGUAUAUAUCAAAAACGAAAACAAAAAAGAAAGAAAGAUAUUAAGCAAACAAAAACAGCAGAGCAACAGUCGAAGGGAAAAUGAUAAUGAUGAAUACCCAAGAAAGAAAAAAAAACAAACAAAACAGAAAAAAGUACUAUGCAUCAAAUAGUAUCUGGAUAAUUAUUGACGCAGAAAGAUCGCAGUAGAAUUGCGAUACACACAUACAUUCAUCGCGAUAACUAAACAAAAAUUAAGAAAACCGAACAGAAAAGCAACCAUGAGCCAAUUACCAACACCACUAAGGACUCCAGGUUCGUCCGAGCGAACAGUAGGAAAACAUGAGCACCCAGAAAAGCGUCAGAUAAUAAUACGAAAAUACGAUGGUGUCAGCGCGUCCGUUCCUUUCUUUUGCGGUUUGUAGUCCCACAGAAUCUUGGGGUUAGGUGGCGAUGGAUUUACGUUAUUUUAUAUAAACUAACUAAAUUGCUUUCUUUUUUUUUAUCUGACAUUCUGCUACAGUUUUAAUACAGUUUCUUGAUCUUGCAUUGUAGUAAACAUCAGCACAGAAUUAUGAAUCAAAUACAUCAUAAGUAAAUUGAAUAAAUAAAGCAAACUACAUACAAUUAGCAGAUGAUACUCUGCAGCAGUAGGUGUCCAAGCGAUUGAACAUUAACAAUCAUAUAGUAUUUUACUCACAGAAAUAAACACAGUACUACUGGA